UCUAGACCAAUCAGAACGCGUAACUGUUUACAGUCGCUUGCGUCACUUGAAAAAAAAUCUCAUUAGCAGCCUCGCAAAAAUCGCAUUAGCCCCGUAUUUGGACCCGACUUUCGCUCAUUACUUUAUUCGUAUAUCAUUCAUUGUCUUGGGAUUUGGUGGAAGUUAUCUGAGACCCUUGGAGACCUUAACCAACGUUUUUGUUUUGUGCGAAUUGGUCUAGUUUUUCUCUUGAUCGAGCCAUUUCGGAGACCCACUGUUACGAUCUUGCUGAGUUUACUGUCACUGUCAGUUUUGUAUGUCAAUGAAGAUGGCGAGCCCAGUAAUCCGCGUAAUCAACCCAGAUGCCCCUCCAUAUCGUCAGCAGGCCGUAUUGGUGGCGACAAAAGAGGCCCGUUACUAUCGGGAGAAAAGGAUGCUCUUUCCCAAACCUCCACAGGAGCUGCGGAACCAGGCUACAGCCUUGGCUCAUGCAGAGAAGCUCCUUCGAGCGGAGGGUAUCCACACUCCUUCGCGUCAGCUGUGCCUGGGAAAGCUGGUGAUACCAUUUGGCCAGUAUGAAAACGCAUCUUUUCACUGGCUUGUGGAAAACGAUGUGGGCUACUUGAAGUAUAUACUUGACAAGCACAGAUCAGAGGAGACCACUCAACAUAGGGAGGGAGAGAGAGUGAACCAGGGAGUGAAAGACUACCUCAAUGAAUAUGCAGAGAGUUUCCCACAAGUCUGCAUUCUCCUGGAGGCCAACAUCGACAGGUGUAUUUACGGUCAGAGAGGGUUUGAGGAAAGCACCUUUCAGGAGAUGUGGACUCUCUACAGCAAGUACCCCACCCAAAAGGACAGGCCAGAGCUAUUCAGUGAGGAGGAGAAGGAGAUAAUAAAGAAAGCAUACAGUUCUGUGAGGAGGUGGCUGCACACACCAGUGACCCACAUCACAAGUGUGCAGAUGAAGCGGUUCAGGAAAUAUAUUGUUGACAAGGAGCAACAACCGCAGGCAAGCACCUCCAAGUGUGAUCCUUCAUCAUGGCCAGGGGACGACAGUGAACUGUUAGCUGCAAGCCAGGCUGUUGAAGACACAAUCAAACAGUUCGAGCCCCCUGUCCGGCCCAAGCAGCCCGAGCCCCCUGUCCGGCCCAAGAAGCCCGAGCCCCCUGUCCGGCCCAAGCAGCCCGAGCCCGCUGUCCGGCCCAAGAAGCCCGAGCCCGCUGUCCGGCCCAAGCAGCCCGAGCCCGCUGUCCGGCCCAAGAAGCCCGAGCCCGCUGUCCGGCCCAAGCAGCCCGAGCCGCCUGUCCGGCCCAAGAAGCUUGAACCCGCUGUCCGGCCCAAGAAGCUCGAGCCCGCUGUCCGGCCCAAGAAGCCCGAGCCCGCUGUCCGGCCCAAGCAGCCCGAGCCCCCUGUCCGGCCCAAGAAGCUUGAACCCGCUGUCCGGCCCAAGAAGCUCGAACCCGCUGUCCGGCCCAAGAAGCUCGAGCCCCCUGUCCGGCCCAAGCAGACCGAGCCCGCUGUCCGGCCCAAACAGCCCGAGCCCCCUGUCCGGCCCAAACAGCCCGAGCCCCCUGGCCAACUCACAGAGUCCCCGUCCACAGCACAGGAUCAUGAGGGUCAGCCUUUUCCCACGGAAUCACCUCUGAGUGACUCCCCUGUGGAGCUAGAGGGUUGGGUGCGUCUGUGGGAAAACCCCAAUGGCAUCCCAUCUGCAGACAUUUCCUGGCUCAAAGACCACAAUGAAAGAGGGCUGUUCACACCCGUUCAAAUCUAUAAGGACAAAAGUGGUCUGUUCAGGAGGCGACGGGUGAUGAAAUCGGACCGCAUGUGGUUUUACCCAGAAGAACCUCCCGGCUACGUCAGGGGUGCCCCGCCAACUCCACAACAGUUUUUUCGGAGUCGUGUUUUUGUGUGGCGUCCUGUUGGAGUGUGGAGGUACUCCCUGAAGUGUCCUCGAGGGGAUCAGUGUCUGGGUAGAGGACGGAACGUGCACCUCUACAAGUCUGGCUAUCACCACCGGGUACGUCACAUCUGUGACGUGUCCACCUGGUACACCAUGCUCACUGAGGUCCUGUGCUGUGGACCAUGUACAAAAGCGGCCAGAAGCGGAGAAGGUGGCACAAUGGGUCGGUGGCUUGCGUGGGAUGCCGCUAUUUUGUCCCAGCUUAGCGAGGCUCACCAAGCUAUGUUCCCUGCCAUCCUCACCAGCAAGCGUGGCGUGGAUAGGACUGUUGUGCGCCUUCUGAGGGACCGGACGGAAGGGAACACCAUGGUCAAGGUGUGGCGGCAGAUACAGGAGAACCACGUUGAAGAGUACCUUCAGCGUAAGGACCUGUACACCACACUCCUCAUGACUGUCGUGAAACCUGGAGGGAUCGUUUCUGCACUAAGGCACACUUUCCAGGCUCCACCUCCUCCAAGAGAGCUCCCCUCCGCGCGGCUCCUGCGCCACGCCUUCCUGCUGGCGGAGGCCAACAACGUGCAGGAUUACCGGAGCCAGAUCCUCUCCACUUUUGGCACUGUGCUGAAAAUGGAUUCCACCAAGAAAGUGGUGAAGAAGCUGUCUGGGGAGGGUGGAGGCUCAGCUGAGUGGUUCACCAGCAUCGGAAACGAGCACUCCCAGAUAGUUUCAUUUGUGCUGACCUGUGAGGAGUCCACAGAGAAGCUGAAACCGAUGUGCCUUGGGGUCAUGGAGAGGUUCCGGCUGGCCAAUCAACCAGUCCCAAAAAUUAUAUACGUGGACCGUGGGUGUUGCCGUGCGCAGGGCCCAACAGCGCUGGGGAUUUUGUUCCAGCCUUGGGUGGACAACGGGAUGGUUGUGCGUCUGGACAUCUUUCACUGGAUCCACCGGUUUGAUGCAGCCAUACGCACAGAGUCCCACUCGAAGUAUGCUGCAUUCAAGUCUGCGCUAGCUGGGGGAGUGCUGGCCUAUAACCGCUCAGACCUGGAGCUGCUCAUCAAGGCCAUGAGAGCCAAGGACCCGGCAACGCUGAUGACUGUGUCAGAUGAGGAUAUUGUCCGCCUCUACAUUACCAGGGAGCACCUCAAACACCACGUGCGAAGGGUCACACUGGGAGCUCAGGAAACAUUCCGGCUCAUCCAUCUGGCCAUUGAGGAGCUGAAAGGUCCCGCAGGGCUGGACGAGAGCGGAGUGAGCCUUUUCAAAACACCUGAGGCCAUUGAUGAGAUGUGGGCAGGCCAGCAGCGACACCUGGAGUGCAUCCAGGAUCCACCAGACAUGAACAUGUAUAGGGUGGCGCGCAGAGGUGUAGUCCAGGGUAUACGCUGGUAUACGGCGUAUACCUACUUAUUUUUCAGUCAGCAUUGCGUAUACCCACUUCUAAAUCCCCCCUGAUGCGCAUCAUUCAGUAAUAUCUGUGAGUCAGAUUGCCUAUUUUCUUCCUCGGGGAUAGUGAAGCCAUGACCCACCCUCCUCUGCCUCUAAUUGGCUGGUACUCGCUGCUUUCACUGAUUAGAUUGGUUAACUUUAGGCAUGAGGACUGAUGAGCCAAUCAGAGGCAGAGUAGGGCGGGUCAUGCCGAGGAAAAUAUCGCUAAUACCUCAGGUGCCAGUGAAAAAAAAAAAAAAAACUCAGGUGCCGGUGCCACUUGACUACGAUAACGGCAGCAGACCAAACAACGGAUGAAGAAAGGACACAAGCGGCGGUGUGCCACCCCAGUUGAUGGAAGACAUCAUUCUGAGGUAAGUUUUAAGGUGGUUUCCAAAUGAAUCAUUAUUUUAAACUACUGGCAAAUUGCCAGUGACUGCACAUUUAGAGGAGAAGAGAUGUUGCCGCCAAUAGUUAGUGCGAGUCGGCUAACGUUAUGAAGCUAGCUACGUAGAUUGGGAUAAUGUGGGGAAACCGGGGCAUUGUUGGUUUUCAGUAAGUGUUUAAUCAACCCAGUUCAUAAGAAUUUCAUACCAGACUGAUGAAACUGAUUAUCUCAAUGUUUAUGAAGCUUGUUUAUUAUUGUAAAGGUCUAAAUUAUAACGUUAGCCAAGUUACUAAGCCCUAAAUUAUAACAUUAGCCAAGUUACUUAGCCCUAACUAACCUAUAUGAUCUAGUUUAAUUGCAUAGUAGCUAAGCUGGUAGUUGAUUUUUAAGUAAGUUAAAACACAAGAAUGGGGACAAAUAGUUUAAGAUUCAGCCUAAAACAAUAUUGAGGUCUAAUCAGGCUGUCUUAUUUUGUAUAGGGACAGGUAACCAUGAAAAGGAAGGGAGAUAUUGCAGACUUUUUUUGUAAAGAGGCACAAAUCAGGCCCAGAUCAGGCCCAGGCAGACCCCACCCCUAAAACCAGCAGCCCUGGCAGCUCUCAACCGGGAGCUAGCCAGGCAAGUCAGUGUGAGCAUAGAGAAGGAUCCAGUCUACCACCACCAGGUCAGAACACACAGGCAGUAAAUUGCAUCUCCAGUUUAUUGAAAAGUGAAGCCUCACACUGUAACAAAAGGUGAUUUUGACAGAUUAAGCCUCAUUUUGAAUUUCUGUGUGAUGUUAUUUAUUUUAUUGCCCUUCUAUUUAUUUUGUCUGUAUCCAUGUUUGUUUUUUACAAUGCUACUGUUAUAUAACAUUUUGUGUUAAAUUUGUUGUUUUUUUGUUAAAUAAACUCUCCCAAGUAUUUCACUCACUAAUCUCCUGUAUGCUUCAGCUUCACUUGCUGAAAAUAUUUCCACUUGGUUAUGCAGAUUGUUAAUGUAAAGAGGGGGACCCAUGUCUUGCUGAUGACUAUUGUGAUCACAGUAGUGUGUGUGUGUGUGUGUGUGUGUGUGUGUAAGUGUGUGAGAGAGAGAGAGACAGGGAGAUGCAUAAUUAGUUUUGUUGUUGUCUGUAGACAUCAAUAAUGACUGGCCAGACCUGUGGAGUGCUAAACAAACAGAAGACUUCAAAUCCAAGAACCCCUGGUUGGGAUCCAAAAACAAAAAAUUGGGAUGUCUGGUCUGUAGCAGUGUGAACUCCAUUGGGAUCGACAAGGAGCAAGGACAAGGUGUAUCGCUCUCAAGAGAAUGGAUGAACUUUGAAAUUCAAGUGUCUGGCCAGGGAAGUAGAACAACAAGUUUGUCAAUCUUGAGAAAUAAGGUGAGGAAACAUGCGUUGUCCAAGGCCCACACUCAGGCUGUGAAGGUGGCAGAGCAACAGAAAGAAGCUGCCAUUGAGAAUGCAGUGGAGACUAUGACUGAGUCCUACAUGAAGGAAACUGAAGCUGUGUUUCGAACAGCCUACCAUCUGGCCA